AUGGUGAUUUACGGUACAGUGGACCUGGACGAGGGAGAGCGUGCAGUGGGUGGCUUAAAGGAAGAAGAUGACAAGGGGAGCGGAUUUGGGGAGAGUGAGAGCGAGGAUGGAGAAGGGAGUGAAUGGGAUAGUGUAGAUUGGAGUGGAGGGGAGGAUGGAGAGGGGAGUGAAGUGGAGGAUGGAGAGGGGAGUGUAAGAGAGGGUGAAGGACAACAUUCCGCACCACUUCCGAGGAGACAUGUGGUUGCAGGACCCUGA